AUUAAUAUUAAUAGUUUGUUCUCCAUCAAGUUGAUCAUGUGCCACAUGUACACGGAAGUUCAUCGUGAAAGUAAACUUGCACGCUAUCAUUUGCUUGCUGCGGUUCUGGGCUACGAGCCGUUCGUUCUUGUCUGAUGGUUCUUGAAUCGAUGUUAGGUUACUUACCUUGCAAGCUUUGAUCCGACGGCAUGAUGGCGACCAUCACGGAGCAUCGAGUCAUGACCGCUCUGCUAUACAGAGGCGCCUAGACUUCGGAUCAUGUGCAUGAAUCGCGAUAAGUUGUUGAUCCUAUUUAGAGACUAAAUUCGCUUCAAAACACCAGCUAGCACUCAACUGCCACUCUCACGACGUGGACAUCCAAGCGGAAACUUUUCAGGUCAAUCGUUCCUUACGCAAUGCAGUUCGAGUCGGUGGAGCGGAAGCAGGCAGAGUCCCACUCCAGUUCUGUGACGCCAGAUUUGGCCUCUGAUAAGCCUGCGAGGAAUGAUCUGGAGGACAAUCGUUAUCAUACGGGAUUCCUCAGACGUACUACGAAUUUGCUUUCUCGGUAUGGAAUUGAAACUCAUGGCAUCGCACCAGUACCAGCAGAGGAACGUCUCGAGACUCGAUGGUACCAAAUGUUUUUCGUUUGGUUUUCUGCCAAUAUGAACAUCUUGACAUUCAGCACCGGCACUGUGGGACCUGCAUUUUUUGCUCUGGGAGUUAAUGACUCUAUAACUAUCAUUGUCAUUGUUGACCUGGUGGUCUGCUUAUUGCCCGCGUUCUUUGCUGUUUUCGGCCCAAAGCUUGGCACGCGAGCUAUGGUACAAGCAAGGUUCUCGUGGGGGUAUUUCGGUGCUAUCAUACCGACGGUCUUGAAUGUCUUCUCCAUGCAAGGCUUCCUUAUCCUAAACUGCAUCGUUGGUGGACAAACGUUAGCAAGCCUGUCUUCUCGCCUUGAUGAUACUCUUGGUAUUGUCAUCAUUGGUAUCAUAUCUCUUGUGGUCACUUUCUGUGGAUACCGCAUCAUCCAUUGGUACGAAAGUGUCGCCUGGAUCCCAAAUGUGAUUACGUUUAUCACCAUGCUGGCUGUCGGCUAUCCACAACUACGCAGCAACCAAUCAGCUCCGGUCUCUCCAGCAACUGUCGCUGAGGUUAUCUCUUUUGCGUCUAUUCUCGCAUCUAGCAUUCUCAGCUGGUGUCCCAUGACCCCUGACUAUGGCGUAUACCACAGCCCUGCUGCUUCCUCUGCAAGAAUUUUUCUCUACACGUAUCUUGCGUUUUUCACCGCCAGUGUGACCGCCCACACCAUCGGUGCUGCGUUCGCAGCCGCAGCUCCUAACGUGCCUGCUUGGAAUGCAGGAUUUAACAACAGCUCUUCCGUCGGUGGCUUGUUAUACAGCGUGCUUCUACCUACCGGCGCAUUUGGGAAACUUCUGACCGCUUUGGUCGCUCUCAGCAUACCCAGCGCCUGCGCACCGACGAUGUAUACUUUCAGCACCAGUUUCAUGGCUGUCGCUCCGUGGUUUGCUGCGGUGCCUAGAUGGGUAUAUAUCCUCAUCUCAGAAGGAAUUCUGAUACCGGUGGCCAUUGUCGGUGCCAAAAGGUUUUAUACCACUUUUGUUGACAUCCUCAACAUCAUCGGAUACUGGUCAUCGGUCUUUUCUGCGAUUAUCCUCACGGAACAUGUGUUAUUCCGGCGAGCCUCGUUUUCUGAGGAUCAAUAUCCCAUCACGACUUGGGCUUCGUAUACUCUUUUGCCUAGCGGGAUCCCGGCGGUCGUGGCUUUUGUGUGCGCCUGUGGAGCUCUUGUUCCAUUUAUGUCACAGGCUUGGUAUGUAGGACCAGUGGCGAGGCAUGGGAGUGGAGACGUUGGGGUGUACGUGGGGUUUGUGGUUGGGGCUAUCGUGUACGCGUUGGCGAGGGGUUUCGAGAAAACGUGGUAUAAGAAGAAGAUGAGUAAAUCAGAUGCGUAUCCCGGACUCUCACAGUAGUGAGGGGGAAGGUUUUGUUGAUCCAAAUCCCCAGCAUCUGUACGCUUAUGUUUAAUUGUUUGAAGUACAGUUCAUGAUGAAGAUAAAGAGGGUCAUCUUCGUU